UGGGCAUGAUGGGUACCAGAAACGCAAUGGACGCCAUUGGAGGGUGAAACAAAUUUACCGAAUAACUUGUCAAAGUUUGGAGUAAAUGUUCGGUUUGAGCCUAAAUUGAAACUACCACAUAUCAGAAUGAGUGGGGAAGCCCAAAAUGAGAUUGUUGUGCAUACGCAGCCGGAUGUAGAAGCUCUAGUUCAGGCUGCUGUCAGUGUACUCACAAAUGAUAUGCAGAUAGCUCAUGAAGCAAAUGGCCUUCAGCAUGUCCAGGUCAGCGGUGGUGCGGACCCCAACACGGUUCAGCUCCUGGUGGACACAUGCUCCACCAACGUGCAGGAACGACUGUACAUGUGUACUGAUUGUAACCUGGGUUUCUACGGAGAGCGGGGAGAGGAGGAAUGGCGCUGGCAUCUCCGACAACAUCGGCCACACAAGUGUGAUCUCUGCUCGGAGGCGUUCAUGGAGAAAGAUACGCUGAAGACACAUAUGCGAACCCACACUAUGCAGAUGCCAUACAUCUGUGAAAAAUGUGGGUCAGCCUACAGCCUCAAGUCUAACCUUCUGCAGCAUAUGAAGACUCACGAUGACAUUGUCUACACAUGCUCUGAAUGUAGUGUAACAUUCAAGAAUGAUGGGGCUUUGCAGAAGCACAUGAAGGCAUGCCACAUCGGGGAGCCAGUGAGCGUGUUCCAGUGUGACCAGUGCCAGAAGACGUUUCAGCACCAGAAGAACCUUGCUCAGCAUAUGAAACUUCACCAGGGCAACCCUAAGCAGUUCAAGUGUCCUGAGUGUCCCGCCACAUACAGCUACAAGUGCCACCUCACCAGACAUCUCAUGAUCCAUACAGGGGAUAAGCCAUACAAGUGUAAGAUCUGUAGCAAAGCCUUCAAUAGGAACGCUCAUCUUGUUCGGCACCGCAAGAUCCACUCUGAAGCCGACAAGGAAUGGAAAUGUUCGCAGUGCGGGUUUGCUUUCUGGGAACGAAGUGAUCUUCUUCGUCAUAUUCGCUCACAUGAGGGCAACAGGCCUUUCACAUGUGAAUUCUGUAGUCAAACAUUUGUAUGGAAAAGGUACAUGUAUAAGCAUUUGCUUGGAUAUCACAAAGAGGAGAACAGGCACUUCUGUCCUGACUGCUGUAAGUGUCUUGAUACAGAAGAGGCUCUGGUUGAACAUGAGAGCACAGUGCAUGCAAACAAGCGAGCUCUGACUCAUACAUGUGAAAUCUGUGACAUGGAGUUCCACUUCAAGUAUAAGCUAGAUGAACAUAUGUUCCAACAUACAGGCAGGAAGGCUCACUCCUGCAAUAAAUGUAGCGAGAAGUUUAUUAGCAAAAAGGAGCUUGACAGGCAUCUUGCCGAGCACUCCCAAGUUGUCUCAUUCAGUUGCAACCCUUGUGAAAAGUCAUUCGAAACCAUAGAUGAGUUACAGAGGCAUAUUAAGAUCCAUGUUGGCACAGGAAGGUUUCUGUGUUCCAUUUGUUCACAGACAUUCAAAUGGAAGAGUCAACUGACAAACCAUAUGGCCGUUCACUCAAAUAUCCGUGACUUUACUUGCACAAUCUGCAUGAAUAAGUUUAAGAGGAAGAGAGACCUGACACGCCAUAUAAAGGUGUUUCAUGACACAAAUCCACCUUUUACUUGUACUGACUGUAAUGAAGAUUUUCAUUCUGCUGAAGGAUUGCAUUCACAUAAUACAGAAACCCAUUGGAAAAGGGCUGAUGAAAUUGAUAACUACUUCAGCUGUACCAAGUGUAGCGGAAUGUUUAAAAUCAAAAGAGACCUUGAUCUACAUGUUAGCAAGGUGCAUCCUCCAAGACCAUACUUAUGCAAACUUUGCUCAAAGAGGUUCACAAUGAUGAAGUUUUUAAGCAAACAUUUUGAGUUGAAACAUGAAGAUGUAGAAAUGAUUGAAGACACCAACUUUGUCAUAAAGCCACAAAAUGAUGUUCAUAUUCAAGCAGUAAGGGUUGACCAGUCUGAAUAUCAAAGCAUAGAUGAGUUAAUCAGAAAUGCUACUCAAGAUGUGGAAAACCAUAUGGAAACUGAACAGACUGAUCUUGACAAGGAUGGAACUAUGGAACAAGAGGUCCACAUGGUCAGUGAUCAGAAUGAAGGGUUAGUAUUUCAGACCGAAGAGAUAAAUGGCACAGAAAAUUUAGCGGACUCGGAAACAAUUGUAGAAGGCAUAACUGAACAGCCAAUGUCAGAAGCCAUAACACUAGCUCAGCUUUCUCAGCAAGUCACAAAUGAAGUUCUGAUCCCAGUGUUUCUGCAGGAAAAUUCACAGGAACAACAAAUACAUGAAAGUCAGCAUGUGUCUCUGAACUCUUCAAUGACUCAUGUGACAGUUCAAACCUCUGCUGGAAAUCAAACCAAGCCACAAAUUAUUUCCAUUGGCCCAAAGGUCGUGAAAGUAGAUAAUCCACAGACAAGGUCACUGCUUACACAAAGUGGAUUGUCUCUACAACAACAGCCUGUUAAAAAUCGUCAUGUAAAUGCUCCCAAAGUGAGCACACCACAAUGUAUCAAGAUAAUUAGACAAAUACAGAACUCCGGAGGUAUAGUACAGCAAUCACCUCCUCCUGUGACCCAACAGAUACAAAUCAGAAAUCCCAGAACCAACCAGCAUAUGGUGAUAUCAGCAUCACAAUCCCAGCCCUCCCAGAUACAUGUGCCAAGUUCAAGCCUGCCUGUGUCAAGUGUAGCCCAUGUAACAAAUGUUGCAUCUUCCACAAGCAUGCAGCUUAAUCUCUCCGACUUCAUGGAAGUUCCUGUAUCAGUUGUGUCUGCUGAAAACAUUGAGCAUAUCGAAAACAUCAUAAAUGCAUGAUUCACCAAGUGAGUCAUUUGAUAAGAUAAACUUGUUUUUGGCUUAUUAUGAUGUUUGAGUUUUUUAUGAUUUCUCAAACCUUGAUCGAGUUAUAUUUUAAUUAUAUAUUAUAAUUGAUAACAGUUAUGAAACUGUGUGACUGAUUUGCUGUUAAGGGUUAAUAACUUCAAAAGAUAUUUGGUUUAAAAGUACACAUUUGUUUCUAUGAUGUUACAGUUCAUGGAUUUAUGUUAAUAAAAUGUAUGCAUGCGAGUGUUUCAAUAUUGAAUCCCCUUGAAAGCAGUUGAUAGUUUGAAUAAUACUCUGUUUAUGAAUUUAAUCUUUAUUUUAAUGAUUAUAAUCAUUUAAUCUGAUAUUGUUUUAAUAAGAUUUUAACUGUAAUUUCUAUUUUCUGGAAUAUUAAUAAAUUGAUGAGCAUGA